AUGCAGCCGCCGCCAAUGGAAUAUGAGAAUUCCGGCAUCUUCUACCUGGCCUCCAGUCGAGUUGUAUGCUUCUGCCUUCUUGGUGAGUCUGUUGGAGAGGCUCUAUGGUUUAUUGGAGGGGCAGCAGAGCCCCAUCACACAGCGUUGCGAACCCUCGUGAUGCGGACUACCCCCAAAGGUGGCAUCACCAUCAAUUUUAUAAACGUAUGCGAGGGUCUUUUUUUGUGUCCCUCUGACGUUCUUGCUGGUUCCCAAAAGUUUACGGUGAAACCCCGCCGUUAUGCUCGGGUUCAACUUAAUACAGCCAUCUCUUUGUGUACUUGUGCCAAGGCAAUAUGA